UGCAUUGACACUUUGUUAUAAGCUUUAUAAAAUUUCAAAGCCGUUGAUUAACUUUUAAAGACAGAUUAUUAUCAUUUCCAUGUUUCCCAUAACAAUGAUAAUAUGAUUUUAACUGCUAAACGAUAUAUAAUGAACGAUAAAUGUCGUUUUGCUCUUGAACCCAUAAAAACCACCGGUAGAUAGCAUUGCGUAGCAAAGUACUGCUACAAAUCGUUUAGUUCACAUUGAUCGAUCGGUACAAUGAUAAGGUUAAAGGAAUGGAUAUGGACUUUGCAAAUAUGUUUGAUACUACAGGGAAUCGCUGGACAAACAACACCGAAACCAGCAAAGAAAGCUCAUCGGCUAGUUAUUAUGGACUAUGAAAAAGUUGGAACUGCGAACACACAAGUUUCGGCACCUUUGGUAGCUCAGAGUACCACAAAACGAACGGACACUACAUCGGGGAGUGGAUUACCAGCAACUGUAGCGAAAUCUGGUGGCCAAAAUGCGAACGCUUUCAGUCUAGGAUUUGGUGGACCUCUAGUAUUCUCGCCGGUGGUAACACGGUCAGAAUGUACGAACUGUACGGCUGAAAAUGUUCCGCGUGAAAUCAGUUUGGAUUAUGAAAGUUUAACAUUGUAUGAAAAUAUGUCCUAUCCAGACUACACGGCAAUCGAGAUGGGCUUGAAUAAGGCAACAUUACUACCAACGGUCGAUAAUACGACGAUAGCACCAACUCUCAAUGGUCCAACAUCACUGAAUGGAAAUGCUGUCGAUCAAAACUUAAUCGCUCUCCCUGUUCCGGGGGUUAAUCCGUCACCGAACUUACCCGGCGAUAAAAACGUGCAAAAUACGGAAAGUAUGGGAACAUCUUCCACUACACCAGCCAGUGCACGUUCCACGACCAAGCGACGCGUUAAAAGAACUAGAUCGACGUCCACAACUACGACGACAACCACUACGACAACGACCACCACCGUUCGACCCCGUAAAACGAAGAAACCGAAAAAGGAAAAGAAAGGUAGAGCUCUAACGGAAGAGAAUGCUACCACAACCACUGGUAUGCCGAAAAAUCGUAAAGAUAAGGAAAAACAAGCGAGUAAAAAUGACAAAAAAUCCACCACAACAACCAGCACAACGCCACGCGUAAGGAAAGUUUCCAAAGAGAAGAAACAGGUAGCGGAAGCACAAUAGAACCACCAACACAUUGUAAUCCUUUCUGUGGUAGGUUCCCGUGAUUAUCGCACAUUACCGCAACAGAAGGAUGUGCGUCGUGUGUGUUUUGUGUAUGUGAAGGGAGAGAAUAAAUUGUUUUAAUCCGUGCUGAACUACAAAGAACAAUUUCAUUUUAAAGAAUUGCCACCCAGUGAGACCACGAAGGAGACACUACCCAUUUAGUUGAGUAGUUGGGUUCGUUUGAGCUAAAUUGCAUUCGUCCCUUGCGUGGGAAUGGUUGUUAUUGCACUUACUGAAUACUGCUCGCUUCGAAAUAGUCUCAAAUAAUAGCUAGCUUUAUCAUGCAGGGGUAAGCUUUGAAUCUCUUUCCGUAAUCCGUUCCACACAUGCAGAUGAAAAUUAGCUCACUUAAUGUGAAGGAAGCUUUUAAAAGGGAGGCCCUAAAUCUGCUUUCAUCUUGUUCAGUUUUUAAAUGUUUUGUUUUGUUCAGUUUAAGGGAAGAAAUAAAGCGAAACGCGUUAAGUAACACGCGUAAGAAUUUUUGUUUGAUCCUCCAACAUACGAAAGGUUUUGCUGUUUGUACGUUGGAAAAUCCACAACUGGAAUCUCUCGGUGCGAUUUCUUUGUUUAUUUUUGUAUUGAAAAAAUGCUGUUUUAUAUAAUUAAAAUG